ACACACACACACACACACACACACACACACACGCACACGCACACACACACAAUCAGGAGGACUUUAUAAGCCACUUGGGACGAGGUUAUACCUUAAUUUUUAUCCUACCUGGUAAAAGGAGUUUUACUUGUUCUUUGGAUUAGUAUUCGCCGCUUCUUAUUUCGGACAGAAUGGAAGGUAACAGGCAAAAGACAUUUCACUUGCAUGAAUUGGCCCUGGUUUUAUUUUUCAUGAAGGCUUGCACCUCAGAUAUCUUUCCAAAAGCACAGAACGUAACCUGGUCCUCUCUCAAUUUUAAAACCAUAUUAAUGUGGAGUCCAAAACCAACAAAUUAUUCCUACACUGUUGAAUUUUCACAAGUCGGCCAGGACAGAGAACGGACGCCGCACUGUAUAAGGACGAUGGCAAUGGAAUGCGACCUGACUGCAGGGUUAAAAAAGCUGAAUGCCUAUUACACCGCUGACAUCCUGUCUGAACCCAUGCGGGGCGUCUCCUCUGAUCUGGUUGAGUUCCCUCAUGCUACAACGGAGAAAUUCUCCCCUUACUAUGACACUGCUAUUGGCAGACCAGAGUUUAGAAUAGAAGUAAGCAGUGACAAAAGGAAGACGACACUGCAUGUGGAGGACAUCCCCACGGCUCUCUUUGUGGAUGAAAAGAGACUGAAUAUUCGGGAUGUUUUCAUGGACAACCUGCAGUAUAAAGUAACCUACAGGAAAGCCAAGAGCACAGGAAAGAAAGAGAAGAUCAGUAAAAGCAGCAUCAUUGAGCUGACGGAUUUGGACCGAGGAGAGAGUUACUGUUUUUACGUUCAGGCCUUCCUACCUUUCCGUGCUCAAGACAAACAACACGGGGAGAUCAGCAACAUCCAGUGCUCUUCGGAAGAAAGCCCAUCUAUCUUUGAAGAGUACGGCAUGGGUGUCAUAGCCGGAGCCAUUCUUAUUACCAUUUUGGCAAUAACAGCAAUCAUUAUUGUCAUCGUGAUGUGCUGCAGACGAAGGAAGAGAGCGGUAAACACAGGAAAAGAAAGAUUACCACUGAAUGGUGUGUGAGGAGUGUGGAUGCUCUGUUUGGUACAUCUAAAUUGGACUCAUUUUGGAAAUUGGAAAAUUGUGUUUCUGUGAAACCUCAAAAUGUAGAUAUGUUAGACAUAUAAUUUAGCAAGACAAGAGCUUUAUUCUAUCAGGUGGUGGGUUCUUUAGUCUGGCACUGAAGUGUACUGUAUAAACAUUUUUAGAAGCACUGCCUAAUUUCAUCUACUUGGUAACAAAUAGAAAUACUGUAGGAUUUAUGAUGGGGGUUUUUUGUAUGCACAUGGGAGAAUCAAAACCAGAGCACAUUUUAUGAAAUGAAAGAACACUAAUAUAUUUUUUUAGUUAUUAAUGUGGUAAACUGUAUUUGUUUUUAAAGUAUAUUUGUGUUUUAACAGCAAAAUGUUCUGCUAAGUUUUAGCACAUUGCAACUGUACAUGGCUAACCAGCGAUCAUAAAAUAAUGUCAAAAUCUGGUUUAUUGUUGCCGUUUUGAUACAUUAACUUUAUUACUGUACUGUACUACAAAUCCUGUGAAUGGUACUGAUGUGGAUUUUUUUUUAUAAAUAAAACAAUUAAAUAUACAAAAAUGCA